AUGACAGAUAAUGAUAGUUUGAUGAUUAUCAGUGAUGAUGAACAAGAUAUAAAGAAAUUCGAUGAAGAUGAAUCUCGUUUGUACAUUGAUGAGAAUAUAUUUGAUUCUAUGAAUAAUUCUUCUCAACAAUCAACAAAAUCAACAAAUACAGGCAAUGCUUUUGAACUUGAUUUAAUCUUAAUAGCUAAUAUUAAUCGUUAUCAAACACGAUCAUCUCAGACUAUUCUAACAUCAAAUACAAGUCUUCUAAUUAAACAAAAUCGAUCAACAUUUUGUCAAGCAGAAUAUUUUUCUACAAUAACACAAGAAACAAAUACUGAUCAUAUGAAUGAAGAAGAUGAAGAACGUAUUUUAAAAAAGAUACACUUAUAUUUUUCCUUUUUUUUUCUAAAUAAAUAUUUUCGAAUAAUGGAUGGCGCUGGUGGUAAUCCGAGUGGUGGUGGUGGUGGUGGUGGUGGUUUUGAUCCAUGUGAAUGCAUUAAUAUACUUCAAAUGAAUCAUGAACAUGCUAUGAAUCGUUUGACUAAUCUGCUUCGCAAUGCACAAACAACAUGUACUGAUACUGAAUGUUUUACUGGCCCAUUACCUGGUCAACCGAAUACUGAUGGUGGUAAUACAGGAAUAUCUCAUAUGUAUUUAAUAAUAGCUAUAUGGCUUGCUAUUGCUUUUUUACUUUUCAUAUUUCGUCCACGUACACUUCGAAACAAUCGUGAACAUCCGAACAAACCAAAUAACCAAGAUCCGCAUCAUGACAACCAAGAUCCGCCGGGACCAGAAACUUUUGUUUGA